AUGGACCUUAAUACAAACUUCAACUUUAUAGAUCCGUAUACUCACACAUACACAAUUAUACAAACCAUAAGCAAACAAACAAACAAACAAACAAACAAACAAACAAUGUCUACGUUAACUAUACCAGUUAUCCAUCAACAACAUAUUCAUGCCACCACCAGCUUAACAUCGAUGCCCACUCACAAGACCACGAAGAAGCAAAAGGAUUUACUCAAUUAUACAAUCCACUCGCGUUUGGGCAAAGGCGCCUUCGCCAAAGUUUACCUGGCUACACACAUUUCUAACCCUAAAAAACUCUUGGCAAUCAAGUCAAUGAGGAAAUCUAUCAAUAAAAAUAAUACUGUCAAGAAUGAAUUAUUAAUCCAUUCAAUUGCUUCUAAUAUCGAAGGCAUCAUUCCUAUCCAUAAUUUCAUUGAAGGUAAAAAACAUUAUUAUCUAAUCAUGGAUUAUAUCCCCAAUGGUGAAUUAUUCGAUGAAAUCAUCAAAUAUACUUUCUUAUCUGAAGCUAAAUGUAAAUUAAUCAUCAAAAAAUUAGCUCAAGUCGUUUUAAAUUUACAUAAAAAGGGGAUCGUCCAUAGAGAUAUCAAACCUGAAAAUAUCCUAUUAAACAAAACCAUGCAAAAAUCAGAAGAUGACGAUUUGGGUAUUUUCUUGGCAGAUUUCGGUCUAAGUACAAUCUUACACCAAGGUCAAACUGCAUUCUCUCCAUGUGGCACUUUAGGUUAUUCUGCUCCGGAAUUAAUCAAGACUGGGUUGGGAAGAUAUCCAUCCGGUUAUGAUAAUAGAAUCGAUAUUUGGGCCAUCGGUUGUGUCCUAUACACAAUGCUUUGUGGAUUCCCACCUUUCUUUGAUGAUAAUGAAUUCGAAGACGCUCAUUCAAGAGAUAGAAUCGCUUACAAGAUCAUCCAUGGUGAUUAUUCAUUCAUUGAACCUUGGUGGAAUGACGUUUCCAAUGAUGCAAAGAGAUGUGUCUCUAAUCUAUUACAAAUUGACCCAGACAAGAGAUGGUCAUUGGAAGACCUAUUAAACGAUCCUUGGCUGAAAGACGAAGAAUCAUGUAUCACAUCACAAUUUCAAAGAGAUGACGAAACUACUUUAGUCGAUUCCUCUUCUUCAUCUGCUUCCUCUUCCACCACUUCAGCAUCUACACUUUCCACAAUGACAGUGCACGAAUUCCAUACUAAACUCACAGAAAAUGGAUUAUUCAACUUACCAAAUUCAAAUAUAGAGAAGAAUUCCACUAUAAAGGAUGCAAGUUCUCUCAUAGCAACUACGCUUACUUAUUCAAGAAAAAUCCGCCAUUCUCAAAAGAGUUCCAUGGUUCAUUCCAUGACCACUUUCUCCCCUGAAAACUUGAGCAUUUCCAAUUCCACAAUCGCUCGUCGAAGAUUCGCAAACAAUUAA